AUGUUGGUGAACGUCGAAGAGGGUGUCCGAAUGGUCUGUGCGCCCCGGGAGCGAGGGGCCGGAAGCCCGGUCGGCCGGCGACCUGGCGAUAGCGCUGUAUCUGCGCCGGCGGCUCGGCCUCGGGGUUAUUUCUGGCGGGGUGGCUGUGUUGUGGUCGGUUCGGCAGGCGCACCAGGGCCGGGGAGGGGCUGGGCGGCCUUAUCGCCCGGUUCCGCGACCACCGCCCGGCGCUCCAGAGCUCGCCCGGUCGCCGACCUCUCGCCAUGGGCUUCGGUGAGUCUGGGGUCUGCCCGGGCCGCGCGCUCCCCGAGGACAUCUGGCGGGGAGGCUUUUGGUCCUCUGGGCUGCAGUCAGAACGGUUCGGGCCAGACCCGGAGGACGCUUCCAGCAGGCGGGCGGGUGGCAAGGCUCGCGGGCGGUGGCGAUGCCGCCCGGGACCCCGCGGGGCGGGCUCACCGCGGCGCUUGCCUUCCAGGGCCGCGCGGGGCGCUGAGCCUGCUGCUGCUGCUGCUCGCGCCGCCGGGCCGCUCGGCCGCGGGCUGUCCCGCCCCGUGUCGCUGCGCCGGGACGCGCGUGGACUGCGGGCGCCGCGGCCUGACGUGGGCCUCGCUGCCGGCCGCCUUCCCGCCAGACACGACCGAGCUGGUGCUGACCGGCAACAACCUGACGGCGCUGCCGCCCGGGCUGCUGGACGCGCUGCCGGUGCUCCGCGCCGCGCACCUGGGCGCCAACCCCUGGCGCUGCGACUGCCGCCUGGUGCCGCUGCGGGCCUGGCUGGCCGGCCGGCCCGAGCGGGAGCCCUACCGCGACCUGCGCUGCGCCGCGCCCCCCGCGCUGCGGGGCCGCCUGCUGCCCUACCUGGCGGAGGACGAGCUGCGCGCCACCUGCCCCCCCGGCGCGCUCUGCCGCGCGGCGCUGGCGGCGCAGCUCCUGCUGCUCGUCCUCGGGCUGCUGCACGCGCUGCUGCUGGCGCUGCUGCUGUGCCGCCUGCGGGGCCUGCGCGCCCGCGCCACGUGCCGGAGGCCGCCGAGCGCGCCGCUGGCCGCCGAGCACGCGACCCCCGAGCCGAGCGACUGGCGCUGA